AUGGCUCAAACAGCGGGCGUAAAGCCUAUGGCCAUUGCUGGUCGUGUGGCUCUCGAAAGAGAACGGUGUAUAGGAAUGACAGAUGCGGAGAGAGCUUGGCGUAAACAGUGGUUGAAAGACCAAAUUUUAAGUCCUAAUGAACCUGUAUAUGUUGAAGAAUAUUGGAAACAACGUACUAACCCUAUUCGUCGCCUCUAUCGUUUUCCUUUGGACACACUUUUUAAAGCUCUGACACCAAUGCUGGGUGCCAGUCGUGCUGCUGAUUAUAGAUACAUAGUUGGCAAACUGGGUUUAAUAAGUUUUGGAAUACUGUCUGUACAUUAUUACUUUAAAUACAAUGGCAAUGACUGGACUAAGAAGGGAGGCUGGAGAGUAUUGAAGUCUAAACCUAUGGUUCUGCCCGGACAACCUGGCUUCCCUUAUGCUUCUGACCGUAAAGAGGGUGCUGAUUAUGCUAGCCGAGGCUUCAAGAGUGCUGCUAUAUAA